CGGGCAAGACAGACUGGGUUCGAGAUGUCGCCGACGAAAAAGGCAGCGUUAUGGAAGCUGUCGAAAAGAGUGGGGUGAAGCCUGUAAAUGGAGUAUGUGUCUAUACACCGUAGGACAGAGGCAAUAUACCAUGACGUGCUAAUACGGCCAUAUGAUGCAGACGCUCAAACUAUCCGCCUCUAAUAUGCCGGUACCAGAUGAAUACCAUAUGUAUCCUGAGGGGGAACAGCCGACAACAGCCUUGAUAUUACCUGCAUUCACAAUAGUGGAGAAUGUCACACCCGCGCUUGCGCCAGACCUAAUUUACCACUUCGUCGAUAAGGCUGCCACAACGACCACACCGCUGAAUCAACCGCCAUUACCGAACAGCACUCCCGUGGUAGAUACAACAGGACCAAUUGAAGGCGCAAAAUCAGGAAGUCAGUCCCCGUCUAUAAGUGGGAGAAACGCAGAGGGAGAUCAUGAUGUGUCUGCUGCUGCUAAGAUUCCCACACCUCUUCUUUCUCGCCCCUGUCCACAUUCAGCGGUGAUACUGCUCUGUUCACAGCGUACCCGCGAUGCACGAUGCGGCCAGUCAGCUCCCCUCUUGAGGCGUGAGUUUGAACGCCACUUACGUCCACUGGGCUUGUACCGGGAUCUUCACGACGAAAGACCAGGCGGGGUAGGUAUAUACUUCAUCUCGCAUGUGGGAGGACACAAAUACUCCGCCAACGUGAUGGUCUAUCGGAGGAGAGAUUUUCAGUGGUAUAUAAAAGAAGCGCAGAAGAAAGGCCAGGGAGACUACGACGAUCGCGGCGAUGGUCUUGAUGGUGGUAGCGAGGGCGCCGUUCAGGGCAUAUGGCUUGCCAGAAUCCGCCCAGAAGACUGCGAAGGUAUCAUCAAGUACACUGUGCUCAAGGGCAAGGUUGUUAAACCUGAUACACAACUGAGGGGAGGUUUUGAUCGAGAACGGGGGCUAAUCAGCUGGUGAAGAGCAUAUAUGUGGUGAGUUCAUUGGUGAAUACAACUGGUCAAGUGAAAAAUCGCAACGUAUAUCCUGACCUCCUUUCUUAUUCCAUGGCUAGCUCUUUUCUGAUUGUCAGUCAAUCCUGUUCCUGUUCGAUGAGUUGCUCGUCUGGCCCGGUCUAUCUCAGCAGGCUGUAGGGUGGCUACUCUGCCUUUCUCUGUCUUGUUGUUUUUUCAUUCCUUUUUUUCAAUCUGGUCCCCGUUUGUACAGUUCUUUCUGUUCAAUCGGGUGUAACCUCCGUAUACAUCUAUUGGUUAAUGUAGCACUCCGGCCUCGAUAGGGCAAGCUAUUUUGAACCACCGACUCUGCCGUGUUUUUCCAGUUUUGGGCUUGCCUUGCAUAUUUAGCAGCUGGUGCAGUGUAACAUACAACGUCCAAGCUACGAUCGAUGGCUAUUAAACAGGCAGACAAGUUGGCAUGGCGUGUAACGGCAGAGACGGUCCAAGGUCAAAGGAACUUCCAGGCGGCACAUCCUUGUGGCUGAGAGGCGUGUAGGCCGAGGCUAUCAAAGUAUGCACUGCAAGGGUAUACAGAGCAUCUAUAGGACAUAUCGAUGUACAUAACUAUAACCCCUAAGAGAAACUGGGUUCAUACGGUUCGUGCAACGUUCAUUUCAAAGGUAGCACUGAUACGCAGUGGUAUCGGCGGAGAGCCAUGUAUGAAAUAGAUAUAGGGGUGCUUUUCACCGGUUCAUCCUGGUAUCAAAGAGAGACUCCUCCGAUGUAUGUUGUAUGUUGUACCUUGCAACCUGAUACAGAAGAUAAUCUGAUAACUAGAAGGGAGACAGAGCAGUCAGCACCAGGGUGUGUGGCAUGUAUGUGCGCGUGCUACCUGGCACCAUCGAAGCUGUCUGGCCUAUCAUGUUACACUGCUUUUGGCUGUGAGACCACGUAAGUCGAGUGUUGCGGCGUGGACUGGCUGGAGAGACGGACAGGAGGUGGCCGAGACGGUUGGGCAAAGGGAGGGGCGCGGGCCUUUUUCUUAUGUUUAUGAGUGAUCAUAUGCAUAGAACUGUCGGCCGUCUUCCUUUCGAGAACGGGAGAUCGAUCAACCUUAACUGGGAGCGCAGAGUGGUCGCAGUGGUCGCAUCAAAAUAUAAUAUAACGCAAAAAAGCAAAGGAUAGUAGCAUGGAAGAAACGUACAUUGUCUAACGUCUCACCUGGUGGGAAGAGGCAUGACAUCAAGCAGUCAAAUUUCAUGCUGGCUAUGCUAUGCUAAGUAAUGGAAUAUGUGUCUUGCAAGGAUAUAUGACCGCUUGUAAGUCCAAUUAAUUUCCCAUUUAUUCGAAAAGUCUCUCCGUAUAAACAUUUUUAAAAAGG